GCAUCAUGUCCACUUGUUUUGGCCAUAUAGUCGGCAACAGUUUUUAAAAAAUCUACUCCACGUUUCGCAGACAUUUUCGGCCAGCGAUUUCCACACUAUUGAAGCAAGAAUAAAACUAAAAUUACAUCAUAAUCGCAACAGCACGCAAAAAGGUGAUUACUUUGUGGAACAAUAACAAAUAACCAACAACCAAUACUCGUCGCAAGCAGAGUUGUAUUUUAUUUAGAAAUGUCAGACGUUACGGACAAGGGUUUGAAAAUAACCCAACUGGCCAUUAGUGAAUUCAAAGUGGAUACAGCACAUGACUUCUGUUUGGCAUCUGUGGACAAUGAUAUUAUAUUGGGAGGAAAUUCACAUGAAUUCCAUAUAUUGGAAAUGAUGUAUUCAGUGGAAAUGUUAAUACCCUUGCCAUUUAACAUUAAAAAUGUACUAGUCUCGCAAGAUAAACCACUUGUCAAUUUCAUUAGUCCUAUUGAUUUGGUAAGAAUAUACGAAACGGCCAACGUCAUGGAAAGUCAAGAGCUAUCCCUUGAUCCUUUGUAUGUAUAUGAAUGUUCUGUAGAACCAGCUAAAGCAAGGCUGCUACAAGCUGAUUUAGUAAGAGACAAUCGAAAUUCACUUUUUUGCUGUGUGCUUAACUCUUAUGGAGCAUGUGAUGUACUGCAGAAAGAUGUUUUGACACACGAGUGGAAAAUAUUAAAGACAAAUCUCAAUAGAACUUUGAUGACCAAUGUAUUCCCGUCAGACAAAUCGUCGAAAAAGAUAAAAAAUUUUACAACUUUUAAAAAACUUGUUGAUACAUAUACAAUUACGGCCUUUGUAUGGUCUUAUGUUGGAGAUAUGCACAUGAUAUAUGUUGCCACAGCUGCUGGUUAUGUUGUUGCCUUAAAGUUCUCCUUGGAGGAUCGAGAAUUUGUGGAAUUAUUCCGUUGUAAGACAUCUUUAGAGAGAAUUACAUACAUGGCAACAAGAGACAACCUUCUCAUUGUGACAUGUAAUCUGGGACAAAUUGCUUCGUUGACAAUUGACCCGUUGGAAAUGACCUUAACGGAAAAACAAUAUCUAUGGAGUAAAAAGGAUCGUAUGAGUUGCCGUAAAGCUGUAAUUGGUUAUAGCCAACAGUGGGAAUCUUACUUUAUUGUAUGUUCCAAGGGAGCGCAUAUUUUGGCAUAUCGUCUCGAUAACGAGGGCAAUUUAUUAUCAAAUUCCACUCUGUACACCAAAGGUAUAAAAAUAACUGGUUUGGAAAAUAUUUCUGCGGAGGAAUAUUUAGUUACUUCAAUACUUGGCAUAAUUACCUAUGUUCACAUUUCUUGUCCUUCUAAUGAAGAACUCGUUCUAGAAACCAAAAAUGUCGAGCAUAAUAUCGAUACAACAAAUCUACAAAUCCUAGGAGUUGCUGCCUCGAAAUGGCGUAGUUUAUGGACAUUUUUUCUAUCGCGCAACAAGGACUAUACGCAUCAAUCAAAAAAUUCUUCAAACACGGCAUUUACAUGCGUUUGUAAAAUAAACAAUCAGGAUAGCCUAAUCAAACUUAUAAAUCUUAACAUAAAUGCUAUGGACAACGCUCAAGAUUUGGUAAUGUCAAUAAAUUUGGACAUAAUCAAUAGUUUAAAUGCGGAUGCAUAUCAGGAAUUUAUGAAUGUCAGCCGUAUAAACAUUCCGAAAAAUGUCAAUGACGCCUACCUUCAGAAGGUACAAAUUAAGCUACUAAUUGUAAGAAAUAUGGCGAAAUAUCAGAUGGUUAAAUACAAAAAUAUUAAACAAAAUACUCAAUUGGAAUUGCAUUUCUUAGAGUCGAUUGUUCAGAUGAUUUAUAUUAUUCUAAGAUUGCAACAUUUACAGGCCGUCCAAAAGCCUGACGUUAAACUGUCUUCAUUUCAAGAGUUGUCCGUGGCCUGCAUGCAAUCGCAAUUCUGUCGUUUAUUAAAUGCCAUAAUGAACAAUGAAGAUGAAGAAAACAAUUUAAAAAAUACAAGGGAAAGUUCUGCAAAAGUCCUCAGUGCCGAAUAUGAAAAAUUUCGCUUCGGAGUCGAUAGAUUCACAUACAAACCAGAACGGUGUGAAAUGUGUGACGCUGAGAUUAGUGUAACCACUUUUGACAAAUGCCGCGAGGGGCACGACAUAAAAAGAUGCACCAUUUCAUUUAUUCAGUUGCCCAUGUUACGGACGAAUUAUUGUCCACAUUGUUUUGCCUUGGUUACAGAUAAAGAUGUUGAAUUAAUGGAGUUGUUUCCACCAAAUGAAAAUAUUAAAUGUACAUUUUGUAGAUUUCUAAUAAAACACGAUAACGUUUAAAUUGAAA